UGUGAUUUGUGAUUUGUCAAAUAUUUCUGAUAACCGAAUGGCAGGCCAAAGCAAAACCAGAAAUUAAAAGAAAUUACUGAUUUUUCAAUUAAGCCGUAUUCUAUUUAACUGGAAAUAUGUCGACCAAGAACAAGAAGGCCGCCGGUGGCAAUGGAGGGGCGCCGAAACAAACCCGCCAGCAGUCGCACGACUCGCAGGACUACAGUUCCUUCAAGACAGUGCUCUUCUACUGCAUGCUCAUCGUUUUCCUGCCCGUGCUGACCUUCUUCGUGCUGAAGGGCUUCGUUCUGGAUCAAUUCCUCGACAUUUCCGAAGUUAAAGUGAACAUAGCAUCCGCCGUGGGAGCGGUCGUUGCAUUGCACAUCGCCCUGGGCCUCUAUAUUUACAGGGCCUACUUCGGGGCUCCCGGUUCCAAGGCCUCAAAGACGGACUAAUCCUCAUCUACCCCGGACUGUUACCCCAUUUCCAUUAACUUUAAGUCGGUAGAGCACUCUUGUACAUACAUGCUAUAUACAUGUACAUAUACAUACAUAGAUACAAUUGUUUACAUGCCAGCGAGGGAGAAGAAAGUCGCCUGUAAACCGUGUGUAAUCGUUUUCAUUGCAUAAGUUUCGAUAACAGCGUGGAAAACGUGUUGUGUAGUGUUCUGUGUGCAUAAUUUGUAUUAAAAAUAUACAUAAAUAAGUGAAA